AUGAUCACCAUCAUGUCGCCUUUGAGUACGUCGGAGGAACAGGCACCGAGUUCGCCUUUGAGUACGCCGGAGGAACCGGCACCAUGUUCGCCGGAAUUCUUGGUCCAGAGAAGCAUUGUGAGUCCAACGGUGGCUACAACAGAGGUGGCAAAGGCGUCCAAUCCAACUCAGGUGGAGGCCAAGGAAGUUCGGCUCUCGGACCUUGCACCAAUGAUGCUGGAUGAUACCGACGUGCAGACUUUGACACUUGUGCAGAAGCCCAAUGGGAUGAAAUUACGGACCACAGAGAGGUGUAAUUAUUAA